AUGGCUAUCAUGGAUGUGAGUGAGGCCCCGACUCAGCCAGGAAAGAUGAAGGAAGGAAGAAAGAAGGGAUGUUCCUUACCUUUAACCUUUAUCUUGCUGCUCAUCGGUAUCACUGGGCAUGCAACUACUGACUUGGAUGAUGGCGAAGAAGAGGAUGUUCUAGGUGCUGCUUUGCCACCACUGAAACUAGGGCAUUCAGUCUGUGCCAUGAAAGCAGAUGAAGGCCCAUGCAAAGCAAUCCAUGUGCGCUAUUACUUCAAUAUUCAAAGCCAUGAGUGUGAAAUGUUUGAAUAUGGUGGAUGCCAUGGCAAUGAGAACAACUUUCUAUCACUGGAAGAAUGUCAGCAGAAGUGUGUGGUAACAGAAUUGCCUCUGAAGAUGAUGUUAGCAAAAAUUAAGAAAGAAAAGCCUGACUUCUGCCUUCAUGAGAAAGACCCUGGAAUCUGCCGAGGCUAUUUUUCCAGGUAUUUCUACAACAAAGAGACAAAGAAAUGUGAAGUAUUCAAGUAUGGUGGGUGCCUAGGAAACCAGAACAACUUCAAGAAUUUGGAAGAAUGCCAGACUACCUGCGAAGACAACUCAAAUUUAUUACCAAUUGUUCCAGCUGAAGAGCAUCCUAACACUGUGAACAGUAGUUCCCCAGAGGAAGAACCCAACCAGUUUCCUCGAUUGUUUGUCAAUUUGUUGUCAACUGCUCCAAAUGAAAAGUCCAACACUUUGAACAGUAGUUCCCCAAAGGAGGAGCGCAACCAGUUUCCCAUUUUUUUUGAACCACCCCCUAUCCCUUCUUUGUGCAUGACCCCUAUGGACAGAGGACUUUGUAGAGCCAAAGAGUUAAGAUUUUUCUACAACUACUCAACUGGAAGAUGUCGCCCAUUUAGCUACAGUGGUUGUGGUGGGAAUGAAAAUAAUUUCACCUCCAGAAAGUCAUGUUUGAGGAUCUGCAACAAAGGAUUCAAUAAAAAAAAAGGCGAAAGACGACUAAUAAAAAUCAAAAAGAAACGAAAAAAACAGUCGGUAAAGGCUCUGGGCAAGGAAAUCAUCCCUGAAAGAAUACAACUUUGA